UCGACUCCGUCCGUGCAGCAUUCAGCGGGUUUGCGGCACUGAGGCGCUGAGACAGCUGACAGGUUCAUCUUUUUCUCUCGAGAGGCAUCGGAGCUGCCGUAUUUUCACACGCGUAACGAAUACAAUGUCUGAUUUCGAGGAGUUUGAGAAGCAGCUGAGCGAGAAUCGACAAGAGCGAGAAAGAGAGAGGCACAAGAAGAGGAGUCGCAGUGGAUCUCCCGCCCGUGGAGACAAGCACCGUAGCUGGAGCAAAGACCGAGGGAGCCGCAGCCGAGAGAAAAGGAGUCGCAGCCGGGACCGGAAGAGCCGGGACCGACGGAGCUCCUCCCGGGACCACAAGAAGCACAGCCACUCUCCUCGACGAACCAGAAAGAAAAGGACCUGCAAGUACUGGGAUGUUCCUCCUCCUGGCUUUGAACACAUCACACCAAUGCAGUAUAAAGCUAUGCAAGCGGCCGGCCAGAUACCAACAAUAGCUCUGCUGGCAACAUCCACCACCACUGGAGUGGCUGCAGCGCCGACGCAAGUGCCCAUAGUUGGCAGUCAGAUGACAAGACAAGCCAGGCGCCUCUACGUUGGAAACAUCCCGUUCGGUGUUACCGAGGAGUCCAUGGCAGAGUUCUUCAACGCUCAGAUGCGUCUCGCUGGCCUCUCACAAGCCCCGAGCAACCCCGUUCUCGCUGUGCAGAUUAAUCAGGACAAGAACUUUGCUUUCUUAGAGUUCCGAUCCGUGGAUGAGACCACGCAGGCCAUGGCCUUCGAUGGAAUCAUUUUCCAGGGCCAGUCGCUGAAGAUCCGACGACCCCACGACUAUCGGCCUUUGCCCGGCAUCUCGGAGCAGCCCGCUUUCCACGUCCCAGGCGUCGUCUCCACCGUCGUCCCCGACUCCCCGCACAAACUGUUCAUAGGAGGCCUGCCUAACUACCUUAACGACGACCAGGUGAAGGAGCUCCUGACGUCCUUCGGGCCGCUCAAAGCGUUCAAUCUUGUGAAGGACAGUGCGACGUCACUGUCGAAAGGUUACGCCUUUUGUGAAUACGUCGACGUCAGUGCCACUGAUCAGGCAGUUGCUGGGCUCAAUGGGAUGCAGCUGGGUGACAAAAAGCUGAUCGUCCAGAGAGCGAGCGUGGGAGCUAAAAACGCUAAUCCUACCUCCAUCAUAGAGACCCCGGUGACGCUACAGGUGCCUGGGCUGCAGAGGCUGCAGAACUCCGGCAUGCCCACAGAGGUGCUGUGCCUUCUCAACAUGGUGAUGCCGGAGGAGCUGGUGGACGACGAGGACUACGAGGAGAUCCUGGAGGACAUCCGCGAGGAGUGCUGCAAGUACGGCAGCGUCCGCUCCAUCGAGAUCCCCCGGCCCGUCGACGGCGUGGAAGUGCCCGGCUGCGGAAAGAUCUUUGUGGAGUACGUCUCUGCUGCGGACUGUCAGAAAGCCAUGCAAGCUCUCACAGGACGCAAGUUUGCCAACAGAGUGGUAGUCACCAAAUACUAUGAUCCAGACAUGUAUCACAGACACGAGUUUUGAAAGCACAGACGAGUCCCUCGUCCUCUUUGUUGGGCUUCUUUCCUACACUGAAUGUUGUGAGUGUGCCCUGUAGAGACUAGACCUGGAAAACUUUUAUUAUCUUAACAAAAUGGACUGAAGUGUCUCUUCAGCACUGAAUAACUCCCAGCUUUAGCCUAAUACCCACAAACGGUGAACUAAACUCAUUCUGAAUUAAAGGAAUAAAAUACUGUAGUAUACAUUACACUACCAGUAGAAUGAAUGUGACGUGUAUCUUACCUAAACUAAUACUGCCUGACAAUACCAGAAUAACUGUCUAUGAAGUAUGCACUAUAUGAGAAAAAAAAAUUAGAAUUCCUUCUUGAGCACAAACAUUUAUUUCUCUUUCAGAUUUAAAAAAGCCAUCGGAGCCUUUCUUGUGUGGCUAUGAAGGGGAAAAAUGUAACUUAUUUAUUUAUUUUUCCAGAGUAAAAUUUCCUGGUAUAUGCUUCACAUAUUAAUGUUCCUUAAACAUAUACAAUGCUAUUACCUGUGCUGCUUACACCAAAUGACUUGUUCUGUUUAAAGUGAGAUGAAACGUUUUGUCAUUAUAGACUGUAUAUAGACUGUGUAUAUCCUUUAUAUACAGACUGCGUUGUAGCCUCAAAUGUGGUUUUGUAAAUACGUGGGACAAGGGCGACGAGGGCAGGGCUCAUAGAAGCUCUCCAUUGACAUUUCUGGGUUGGCAAAUUUUGAUCAAAUGGUACAGUUGACCGUUUCCUAAACUCCUCCCCCUGUGCACCUAUUGACCAAAUGUAACAAGGCUCAUAUUCAACACUUUGUCUUUUUUCCCCGUAAAGAGGAAAAACAAAAAGAAGCAAUACCCUUUACAGGGCUGUGACUGACCAGUCAUAGUUUAUCAGCCACAACAAGGCGCUCAGCAACUGUAUGUAGUUAACAGGUUUUACUUCCCGGGGCAAUAAAUGCAUCGUUACUUCUAACUGACGACAUUAAUUUUAGGGGAUUACAGCCUCCAGCCCCUGGAAAUUGCCUCAUUCCCAUCGAGCUGUGUGCUAUUUAAAGGACUAAUGGUUGCAACAAAGUGCCACCUAGGGGUGAUUUUAAGGAUUGCACUGAACACUCCUCCCUCACCUUUUCACUUUACAAGUGUCCAGUAAAGUUUAGAGUGGCUUGAACUUACUCCCAAUGUGAAUAUAAAGGGCUCAUUCCAGGCUGAAAAACUAAAUUACAAUUGAUUUUACAGCUAAUGAAUCCCUUUUAAAUCUUUUUCACUGCUCUUUCAAGCUAAUAUAAGCUGCUCUGUCUGGCUCUUUGUUGGAUUUGGGAAUGUUUACCCUGCAAUUUUAUUGAUGUUUUUUAAAAUCUUGUCAGCACUUCCGUGCUGGAUGUAAACCAACUCGUGGAAGAUUAGCUGGCAUGUCACCAACUAGAAAUAUGAGGAUGCCUUUGUCCGUCUGUCUUCAAUUAAGGUAUAUUUUUCUUAAAAUACUUAAUAUCUUAAUGAGGUGAGGGGGUUUAAAAAAGGGUCGUCUGUGUUCAUCCAACCAGCAAUACUGUACAAAUUGUGGCCAAAAUCAGAACAACAAAGCCAAAUCAGUCUUCGUGGUCUCAAAAACUAAAUCACAUAUGCACAUGUUGACAAAACCAUCUUUAAGUUUUGUUAAUAGCAAACAGGUGAGUUCAUUUCUAAUGCUUUACGCUUUGUGCAGUGUGUGCAUCUGAUGAAGAAAAUGUAUAGAAAUAAAGGAUUCAUUUAUUAUGAUAUAUAUUUAACCUGCUUGAAAAGUGUAGGUGAACACAAGUAUAAAUUGGAAUGAUUGUCUAGUUUACAUACCGUCUGUUCUGUUACAAAAUAAGCAAAUUGUAUUUUAAAUAAUAAGCAGAACAUACCAAAUUAUAAUAAAUAAUUACUGUAUUUUAUACAUUUUUGGAUGGCCAAAAAUUUAACAACAUUUUUAGUUUGUACAAUACCUGCCACUGCCAUUGCUUGAAUAAAAGCUUGCAUUCAC